UAAAGGUCCACGAAGCAAUCAUCCCCUCCAAUUUAACAUACAUACAUAUUAUAUCUUCCUUGCUUCCUACAUUCGCCGAAAUAAUGUCGGAAUGAUUUCAAACUAGCGCGCGCACUCCUCACCAACCUCUCCACUCUCCACUCUCCGCUCAACAUUUAGUCCGGUGCCCUAAAUCCCAAAAACAUUGCCAUUCCAAAGUCGCAAAAGAGUAGGGCGAAAUGACGCUCGCAAUUAGGCAGCUCAGUAAGGCUGCUCGUAUCAUCCUUAUCGGCGCCCCUGGUGUUGGAAAGGGCACCCAAACAGAAAGACUUCUUGCCAAGUUCCCGCAACUGGCGUCAAUAAGUUCCGGAGACCUCUUACGAGAAAAUGUCCGGAAGAAGUCACCAUUGGGACUCAAAGCAGAGGCCGCAAUGCAAGCAGGAAACCUCGUCCCCGAUUCAUUAAUCCUCGAGCUCAUAUCUUCCGAAUUUACAUCGAAGGGCUGGCUCUCAACAUCGUCGAACUCAUCGAUCUCCUCCAACGCCUCAUUUAUCCUUGACGGUUUUCCGCGCACCGCUACUCAGGCUUGCAGCUUAGAAGAACUUGUUCCUAUCAAUUUCGUCGUCGAACUUGUUACACCCCCAUCCAUCAUUCUCUCCCGGAUAGCGUCUCGUUGGGUCCACGAGCCAUCCGGAAGGGUAUAUAACACCGAUUUCAACGCCCCCAAGGUUCCUGGAAAGGAUGAUAUUACUGGAGAACCUCUGACUCAGAGAGAGGAUGACUCGAUUGACACAUGGAAGCAACGACUUCGCAAAUUUGAAGAAACCAGCAAGCCCUUGCUCCAGCAUUACGAGCGCAAGGGCUGCCUAUGGCGUGUUGAGGGCAACACCAGUGAUGAGAUUAGCCCACAGCUUUUCGCGGAGGUAGAGAAGAGGUUCUGCUAA